UGCAAGUCUUAUUAUUGUGCAAGCAUAAGAAGUACCAAGGAGCCUCACAAAGGAAUAGCUGACAUUAGAAUGAAUUUUUUAAUAGUACUUACCUGCGCUGCACUUUUGGUGGCCAGCACCAAUGCCGCCAGUGUACAGCCAGGCGUUAAAGCGAUCAACAAUCAACUCUAUCGGCGAUACGUGUGUGCUCAUAAGUCUGAUGGAUUCCGCGCUUUGGUUCCCGGCAGUUGCUCCCAGUACUACGAGUGUCAGUCAGGAGUGGCCCUGGUAAACACCUGCUCACGCUUCUUCGACGCGAAGGCUCAGGGAUGUGUCAACUACAACACGGGCUGCAUUGAGGCUCAGCCUGCUUCAGCCGGCCAGAAACCUGUAGGCUCUGUUGUAGUGCCUUGUGCAGAGGAUACAACGACAUGCGCGCCAACAGCAGCUCCCACAACCCCCUGUGCAACUGAGCCAACUCCCUCCACCACUACUCCCUGUGGCCCAGUGACCACUACACCCUGUGCCCCGGAGACCACUACACCCUGUGCCCCCGAGACCACUACACCCUGUGUCCCAGUGACAACUACACCCUGCGCACCGGAGACCACGACACCCUGUGCCCCGGAGACCACGACACCCUGUGCCCCGGAGACCACUACACCCAGUGUCCCAGUGACAACUACGCCCUGCGCUCCGGAGACCACGACACCCUGUGCCCCGGAAACCACUACACCUACUGUCCCAGUGACAACUACACCCUGUGCCCCGGAGACCACUACACCCAGUGUCCCAGUGACAACUACACCCUGCGCACCGGAGACCACGACACCCUGUGCCCCGGAGACCACGACACCCUGUGCCCCGGAGACCACUACACCCAGUGUCCCAGUGACAACUACACCCUGUGCCCCGGAGACCACUACACCCAGUGUCCCAGUGACAACUACACCCUGCGCCCCGGAGACCACGACACCCAGUGUCCCAGUGACAACUACACCCUGUGCCCCGGAGACCACUACACCCAGUGUCCCAGUGACAACUACACCCUGUGCCCCAGAGACCACUACACCUAGUGUCCCAGUGACAACUACACCCUGUGCCCCGGAGACCACUACACCCAGUGUCCCAGUGACAACUACACCCUGUGCUCCGGAGACCACUACACCCAGUGUCCCAGUGACAACUACACCCUGUGUCCCAGAGACCACUACACCCAGUGUCCCAGUGACCACUACACCCUGUGCCCCGGAGACCACUACACCCAGUGUCCCAGUGACAACUACACCCUGUGCCCCAGAGACCACUACACCCAGUGUCCCAGUGACAACUACACCCUGUGCCCCGGAGACCACUACAACCAGUGUCCCAGUGACGACUACACCCUGUACCCCGGAGACCACUACACCCAGUGUCCCAGUGACAACUACACCUUGUGCCCCAGAGACCACUACACCCAGUGUCCCAGUGACAACUACACCCUGUGCCCCGGAGACCACUACACCCAGUGUCCCAGUGACCACUACACCCUGUGCCCCGGAGACCACUACACCCAGUGUCCCAGUGACAACUACACCCUGCGCCCCGGAGACCACAACACCUUGUGCCACAAAGUCUACAACUAUAACGACACCCUGUGUAACUGAGCCAACUCCUUCCACCACUACACCCUCUGCCCCAGUGACCACUACACCCUGCGCCCCGGAGACAACGACACCCUGUGCCCCGGAGACCACUACACCCUGUGCCCCGGAGACCACUACACCCAGUGUCCCAGUGACAACUACACCCUGCGCCCCGGAGACCACUACACCUUGUGCAACAAAGUCUACAACUAUAACGACACCCUGUAUAACUGAGCCAACUCCUUCCACCACUACACCCUGUGCCCCAGUGACCACUACACCCUGUGCCCCAGUGACUACUACACCCUGUGCCCCGGAGACGACCACACCCUGUAAACCAGAUACCACAACACCAUGUGUGCCAGAAAGCACAACUGCCUGCAGCGGAACCCCCGAUGCCUCAAAGGCUAAGCCCGCUUCUGUGAAAGUGCGACCAGCAAGACCGGGUCGACCUGCCACACGCCCUGUAUUGAAAACUGAGCAGUUGUCGGCUCUUGAAACCCAUCAGCAAAGUAUUUCUACCUACACAAAGUUUGUCUGCCGCAAUAAGCCCGACGGCUUCAUGCUGGCUUCCCUGAAGAGCUGUUCCGACUACUACAUUUGCCGUUAUGGAAAACCUUUAUUGGUUAGCUGCGGCGACAAAUACUUCAACGGCCUCAAGGGAAUGUGCGAUCUGCCAGAGAAUACGCGAUGCGUGCAGCCCCAAGCAUAAGGACUCAUAAUUCAAAAAAUCAUCUCCGAUAAAAGCACUUCCUGACCGAACCUUGAUAUUUGUGCCGGGUUGAUCCUUGUUUUUUUAUGUUUAAUAAAUUCCAAAUAAAUGCAAAUGCUAAUAAAAGCUAAAAA